AUGGCGGAAGCCUGGACCCCCACGAUUCCCUGCUACUUGCCUUACCUGCCGCCCCUGGCGACACCCAAGGCAGCAGCAGCAGCAGGAGCAGCAGCAGCAGCAGGAGCAGCAGCAGCAGCAGCAGGAGCAGCAGCAGCAGCAGCUAAGGGUCUCCCGGCUUCCGCCUUCUGCGCCUACGGCAGCAACUCCGGGGGCCCCUCCACGGGCAGCAGCACCCCCAUCUGCUUCGCGGGGGCCCCUGCGGGGGCCCCCCCUGCUGGGGGCCCCCUGGGGGGGGCCCCCCUUGCCAAGGGGGCCCCCCUCGGGGGGCCCCCCUCCGGGGGGCCCCUCCAGGGGGGCCCCCUGGGGGCCCCCACAGAGAGCUCCCCGCUGGCAGCGCCGGGGGGGGCCCCCGCGGCGGGGCUGGCGGGGAGGCUUCGUAAGGGUUUAGGGUUUGAGGGUUUGGGGUUUGAGGGUUUAGGGUUUAGCGUUUUGGGGGUGCGGGAGUACCUGCUGCGGACCGAGAAGGACCUGGAGGAGGGCCCCAGCAGCAGCAGCAGCAGCAGCAGCAGCAGCAGCAGCAGCAGCAGCAGCAGCAGCAGCAGCAGCAACGGGAUUUCUCUUUUGUCUGUCACCAUUAGGGGCCCCUUCGAUGCAGCCAAAGUUGCUGCUCUUGCCUACAGCUUCUUUCCCUUUUUCUUUUUCGUUUUUGUCGCCGCCGCUGCUCUCUGCACCUUCAAGACGCUGCCCCUCUUCGCAGCAGUGCUGCUGACAGCAGCAAACGAGCAGCUGCUGAAGAGGGUUUACCGGGAGCCGCGGCCUGCGCUGUCUCUGUCCAAGUCCGAGGGAAUGCCUUCUUCUCACUGCUUCGUGUCUUUCGCCUUUCUGGCUUGGUGCUGCUGCGAAGCAGCAGCAGCAGCAGCAGCACCUGCUGCUGCGCGGCUGCUGCUGGGGGCCCUCGCCCUUGCUGCUUGGGGGCCCCUCCCCUGGGCCCGCUGCCACCUCAAAGACCACAGGGGCCUCCAGUGUCUUGUGGGGUGUCUUUUGGGGGCCCUCGUUGGCAUUUGCGUUUUCGUUUUUGUCCACUUGGCCCUCCCCACCGCCGCAAUCCUCAGCUAG